AGGCUUCACGACCCCAACACGAGCAAACAAGUUAAUCUGCCUACAAAAAUCAAGUAGCUAGCCACAAUGGAAGACAACAAGGUACUCCUCGCCGUGGCCUUGGCCGUGCUGCUCGCCGUCCUCUCCAAGCUCAAGUCCCGGCUCGUCGCCAAGCCCAAGCUUAAGCUGCCUCCGGGGCCAUGGACGCUGCCGUUGAUCGGCAGCCUCCACCACCUCGUCACCAGCCCAUCCAUCUACCGCGCGAUGCGCGGCCUCUCCCACAAGUACGGGCCGCUCAUGAUGCUCCGGCUUGGCGAGGUGCCCACGCUGGUGGUGUCGUCGCCGGAGGCCGCGGAGGCGAUCACCAAGACCCACGACAUCACGUUCGCCGACCGGCACCUGAACGCGACCAUAGCCGUGCUCACCUUCGAUGGCACCGACAUCGUCUUCGGAUCCUACGGCGAGCGGUGGCGCCAGCUCCGCAAGAUCUCCGUGCUGGAGCUGCUCAGCGUCGCCCGCGUGCAGUCGUUCCGGCGCAUCCGCGAGGAGGAGGUGGCGCGGUUCGUGCAGAGCCUUGCCGCGUCCGCCGGCGCCGGCGCCGCCCCCGUCAACCUGACCAAGAUGAUCUCCAAGCUCAUCAACGACACCUUCGUCAGGGAGUCCGUCGGCGGCCGGUGCAAAUACCAGGACGAGUACCUGGAAGCCUUCGACACUGCGGUCCGGCAGACGUCGGUGCUGACCGUGGCUGACCUCUUCCCGUCGUCAAGGCUCAUGCAGGUUCUUGGAUCGGCGCCGCGCAAGGCGCUCGCGUGCCGCAAGAGGAUCGAGCGCAUCCUGGAGCAGAUCAUCCAGGAGAAGAAAGAAGCCUUCGAUUCCGGCGACGAGACCGCGCACGAGGGCUUGCUCGGCGUGCUGCUCAAGCUGCAGAAAGACCGCAGCACGCCAACCCCGCUCACAAACGACACCAUCCUCACCAUCAUGUUUGACAUGUUUGGCGCCGGCAGCGAUACCUCUUCGACCACCCUGAACUGGUGCAUGACGGAGCUAGUCCGGUCCCCGGCGGCGAUGGCCAAAGCGCAGGCCGACGUCCGUGAGGCCUGGAAGGGGAAGACCAUGAUCACCGAGGACGACCUCGAGGGGCUCAGCUACCUCAAGCUCGUGAUCAAAGAAGCCCUCAGGCUGCACUGCCCGCUGCCACUCCUGCUCCCACGCCAAUGCCGUGAGACGUGCCAGGUCAUGGGCUACGACAUUCCCAAGGGCACAUCGGUGUUCAUCAACGCGUGGGCGAUUUGCAGGGACCCGAAGUAUUGGGAUGACGCUGAGGAGUUUAAGCCGGAGCGGUUUGAGAAAAAUAACAUUGACUACAAAGGAACAAACUAUGAAUUUCUCCCAUUCGGGUCCGGCCGCCGUAUGUGCCCAGGGGCAAACCUUGGAAUAGCCAACGUUGAACUCGCACUGGCGAGCCUUCUGUACCACUUUGACUGGAAGUUGCCUGACGGGAUGGAGCCUAAGGAUGUCGAUGUCUGGGAGGCUUCAGGACUGAUCGGAAAGAAGAACACAGGCCUAAUCGUGCACCCAGUUACCCGCGUUGCUCCAGCUAGCUAGUGCAUAAAUAAGGUGGACACCAAAUGCUGCAUAUGAGCCAGUUCGGCUAUGGCAUGAACCAUGACUGAUCGUGGGCUUAUGAUUAGUCUGAUACUCUGAUGGAAAAUAAGUCAUACUCCCUCCGUCUCAAAAUAUAGGUCAUUUUAGUUUUUCUAGAUUUAUAGGUGUUUAUAUGCAUCUAAACAUACAAUAUAUUUAGAUGCAUACAAACACAUAUGAACCUAGAAAAGCCAAAACGACAUAUAAUUUAGAACAGACGGAGUAUAAGAAAUAUGUAUGCAGUCGCAUAUUUAGUUGUCAAAGUCCAUGUCCAUGUACUAUCUGAGUGUACGACAAAAGUGAAGAAGUUACAAUGUGCUAAUUCUAUGAUAACAGUAACAGACUUUUUAUAA